AUGACUUCUCCUGAGGGUUCCGCUGGACAGGCUGCGGAGCAGUUUACCUCGAGGCCGGUCGCGAAGAUUCUUGUGAAUGAGUCGUACCUGCGUGAGCUUGAGGCGAAAGCAAAGGCUUUAGACAGUAUGCAGCCUGGCGGUUCGAUCGCUGCGCAUCGCCACCGCAAUAACGACGAAGAUGACGAUUUCGAGGAUGAGCAGCCGCUGCUUGAGCCUUUUACGCAGCUCAGUCUGGACAACGUAUCUACGAGCUUCCAAGGCCCCGCGUCGGCGGACAACUUCCUUCGCAAUGUGAGAAAGCUAUCGGGCUUCCAAGGGGACGAUGGGAGCCUUGAUCUAGUCUCCAACUUCUACGAGCCCGAUGCCCUGCCAUCAAGGCGACAGGUUGUGUUCGGUAUACGCUCGCGAUUGCCACCCAUUGACAUGGCACGGAGGCUCUUUGCAGCACAGUACAUGUACAUUGGCACCAUCUUUGCCUUUACCGACCCCCGCGAGUCGUUUGAACGCUUGCUUCUCGAGGCAUACGGCGGGUUGCCGGAUCCCGCUGAUAAGACGGCGUGCCUGGAGUAUGCCAAGGUGCUCAUCGUCUUGGCCUUUGGGCAGCUGUACUCGGUGAAUCAGUGGGUGGACUUUCGAGGACCGCCGGGCUUCGAUUACUUUCGCGAUGCGCUGAACCUCCUCCCUGAGACUCACGAGGAGGGCUCCAUUCUGUGUGUCGAGACGCUGGCGCUUGCGGGAUACUUUAUGCAGAAUAUGAAUCGCCGCGAUGCUGCGUUCCAGUACAUCGGCAAGGCUUUGCGCAUGGCCAUCUCGCUUGGCUUGCACCAAGAGGUCAACCCUCAUUACAGCUCUCAGCAGGGCCCGGUUCUGGAUAAAGCGGAGAGGGAGCAUCGACGACGGGUCUGGUGGUCCAUAUACAGCCUGGACAGGAUCCUGUGCGUCAAGUCCGGCAAUCCCAUCACCAUCCAGGACGAGGACAUUGGCGUCGACAUGCCGUCGCCGCUGCCCGGAGACCCCAAGUAUUGCCCGGCCGUGGUGUUGCGCCACUACACCGAGCUGUCUCGGAUCCUCGGCCGGAUUCACAUGACAAUCUACCGCCGAUCGAACAAGGCUGCGCCAAAGUCCGGCAAGAGCCUCAUGGCGUCGGUGCAGAGCAUCAUCCUCUCGCUGUCCAAGUGGAAUCGCGAGCUGCCCGAUGAGCUGCGCUUCGACCCUUUGCGGCUGACGUUUAGCCGCGAGAGCGUGGGGGCCUUUGCGCAUUACUAUCAGUGCAUUAACAUGACGGUCAGGCCGCUGCUCUUCCAUGUGGUGCAGAAGCGGCUGAAGGCGAUCCGGGGCGGCGAUGGGGCGGCGGAGAAGGAGCGCGACUGGAAGGAAGGGCUUUCGCAGACGACGGUGAGAGUCAUUGAGAUGUGUAUUGCGGCGGCGCAGGAUGUCAUCAACAUGAUGGCCAUUACAGCGCAGCAGGACAUGGUUGCAACGUAUGGCUACAUGGACGGGGAACAUAUCUUUUCGGCCACCAUUGUGCUCGUCAUGGUUUGCACGGCGUUUCCUGACAAUGCUGCCAAUACCUUGGCCAUGGAAGCUGGGCUUGCCUUGUUGCGGAACAUGGGCGAGCGCGGAAACAGCCACAUGGGCGCUCGCUACGAGUUGCUGGCCGGCAUUCGCUCGAGCUCCUCGAGUCUCGCGUCUCCCGCUGCGGCUCCUCGCCAACAUUUCAACAUGAUGCCGUCCGGGUUCCAGCCCGGAGGCGCUCCGAUGGGGAUCAAUAAGGGCAAGGGGAUUGUUACGCCGCACAUGCCGAUGGCACCACCUUACCCUAUCGGCGCGUACAACAACAACACGGCCGCGAGCAGUGGAGGCGGGCAGUUCAACUUCCCGGCCGUGGACAAUGAUGCGCUGAACGAGCCGUUUUACGACGAGAGCGUGAGCACGGGGAUGGACUUUGGGCUGUGGGAGGAAGGGUUUGCGUAUCCUAACACGAUGGAUCUGGAUUUGGACUUUGGGCAGCGGUCUUGUGCGACGGGGGGAGCUGGGGGGACGGAUAUUCGGGAGUGGAUGUUUGAUUUCAUGGGGCAGGGCGGUUCUUCUGUUUGA